ACGCAUAAAAAUGAGGCUUUCAAUUUUUCCAACGUUUUAAAUUAAUUACUUAGCUAUAAGCUAUUGCUCAUAUUCUGUUGUAAAAUGAAGCAGCAGCUUGUUUUUAAAAGUAAGCGUUCAUUUGAAGAAAUUUUAUUGCUUAUCGAUUCUUAUGAAUUAUACAUACUGUGUGCCAAUGCGUGAGCGCUAUAUUAGGUGGUGGGAGCUUCUUUCCCUGCCCGCCGUUUUCCCGCAGGAAGUCAGAUUUAAUCUACCGUGUACAUGAUACAAAAAUAUCAUAUCAAGGAAAAUAGAGUCAUAUAUUAUAUUGUAUAACAUUGCGGACAGCAACUGAAGUAACACGUGUUUUUGAAAUGGCUAAGUAUAAAGUGAAGAUUGGUAUAAUUGGGGGAUCUGGUUUAAACAAUCCUCAGAAUCAGAUAUUAGACAAUUGCAAAAUAAUUACUCGAGAAGAAGCCAAAAAUGAUUUUGGAUUACCAUCUAGUGAUCUUUAUCAGGGAUACAGUAAUGGUGUAGAAGUGAUAUUAUUAUCAAGACAUGGGCCAAGUCAUAAAAUAAGUCCUAGUGCAGUGAAUUAUCGAGCAAAUAUUGAAGCUCUAAAAUUAGCUGGAUGUACUCACAUACUUGCAUCCACUGCAUGUGGUUCAUUACAAGAGUGCAUUUGUAGAGGGCAAUUAGUUAUUCCUGAUAGUUUCUUGGACAGAACAAUAAGUAGAAAGGUAACUUUGUAUGAUGGUACUUCAUCAAGAUAUGCAGGAGUAUGUCACAUGCCAAUGGAACCAGCUUUUGAUCCAAAUACAUCUGAAAUAUUAUUUGAAAUUGGAAAGGAAUUAGGAUAUGAAAUAAGAAAGGGUGGUACAAUAGUAACUAUAGAAGGACCUCGUUUUUCUUCAAAAGCUGAAAGUAAUGCAUUACGUCUGUGGGGUGGACAUUUAGUUAACAUGACUACAUGUCCAGAGGUAUAUUUGGCAAAAGAAGCAGGACUUUUAUAUGCAUCUGUAGCAAUGGCAACAGAUUAUGAUUGUUGGAGAGAUUGUGAUGAUAAUGUUCAUGCAACUGACGUAAUAGCUGUAUUUAAGCAGAAUGUUAAUAAAAUAAAGAACAUACUUAUAAAAGCAAUAAAAGUAAUCAAUGAAAGAAACUGGGAUGAAGAGAUUGAUUCUUUACAGAAAUUGUGCCAAAGUAGUAAUGUUUCUUCUUGAAUGUCAUAAUUUAAUGUAUCAGUCACUUAAAUAACAAAAAUUCUAUUUUAUAUAUAUUUUGAUGGGUUUUAAGAACUUAUAUUGCAUUUCUUAAUAAAUGCAAAUAACGGCGACAGGACUUACCAUUUAUUAUACAUAUAGUAUUAUUUGUUUGUACAAUUAAUAAGAGCAAGUUAGUUAAACGAUAUUUUGGUUUAAUACAUUUACAAGUUGUAGUGGUAUAAUUUUUAAUCACAUAUAAGAGUUCAUUUAAUUUAUAAAUUCAAGAUAUAUAAAUGUCCAUUAGUCAACAUCGUUAUUGCUUUGACUAAAAGGUUUUUAAAGUUGGAAUUUCAUAAUCAUACAAUAUAAAUAUUGUAAUCAAUUUUGGGAGAUAUAUAUAUAUAUAUAUAAAAUAAUACAUUUUAAAAAUUAUUAUUAUGAUACAUAUAACAGUUUUAAUACAUGGAAUAUUUUCAACGCAGAACGCAUAGGCAACUGUUUUAUUCUCUUUCCUGUUUCCGUCUCCUUUUUUAAUAAAAUUUAAUCGAUGACGAUCAGAUUUUCUUCUUCUUUUUAUUAACAUUUAUAUCGUCAACAAUAUAUAAUAAUUUACAUUUGGAAUACAAGUGUGUUUUAUAACACGAACUCAUUAUUGAAACAAGAUUUAUAAACUAUGUAGGUUAUUUUUAAUGGAUUAAAAUAUGUUGCACAAAUUAAAAACAGUAUUACCAUACCUGUAACCCAUUUUGCUUUUAAAAUAUAUAUACAGAUUAUAGUAUUUAAACAUACGUUUCUUUUUAUGCUCAUGUAACGAAAAUAUUACUUUGAAGAGAAUUAGAUACAAGCAAUAUUGAAAAUAAUAUUGCAUAUAGUAUAUUUUCUAUACAUAAGGCAUUUAUAAUACAAUCUGUUCGAUCACUCGAAAUGUGUUGCGGUGAUUUGUUACUGUUAUUGUUUAUUUUUGUGCAGCCUUCAAAUCAAUAAUACUUUGUUUAAAUUUAUUAUAAUUUAAUUUAUACACUAUCCGAACUUGAAAUAUAAUGUUAAUAGUAAUACUUCAACGUUUAACUAAUGUUUUGCAAUUUUAUAACUUCUAGUUAGUAACACUGAUACAUUAGCAUAUAUCUGUAUUCUCUCGAUUGUUAAAACAUCAGUUUCUAAUGUUUUAUAAAAGGAACCUACGUCUUUCAACAUUUAGAUAACACUUAUUUUGUUGUAUGGUUUAUAAUAUAUGCAAUAUGAAGAUUGUUUCGAUGAACAUAGUAAAAGCAUUUUGAUCCACAUUAUGAUGCAUGUUUUCAUAACAAGAUGAACUUUUCCUUUCAAUAUUCACAAUUCUCUUAACUUUAUAGAUAAUACAUAAAAUAAUACAGUUUUAUAUCGCAGAAUUUUUAUUCUGAUACGGUAUUUACUUCUUUUCUUAAUAUAGUAUUAUGUAAAAUAAGUUGUGCUAUAUUUAACAAAAAUUUUAAUAAAUUAAUGCAUAUACGCAUUGCAAGGAAUACAUGCUUAUUACAAUUAUAAUAAUAAUUUCGAUAUUUUCAAUUUUGUUAACACAGAAAGCCGAUGUAACAAUCGUAUUAUGAAUUUCAUUUGUACUAAUAUUUUUGUUCAAUUAAACGUAGCCUGCUCAAAAAGAAAUUAAAAUUUUCAAUAUACAUUCAAACAUGUUUUUUAGAAUUUAUACAAAUGAUUGUACAAUCUAUUA